CCGCAGGUAGUGGUAUCGAGCGUCGAGCUCCCAGAACCGAGCUGGUGAGGGGCUGCGAGUGGCGGCGCAGUCUCGGUAGGCGGUAUGAGUUUGGCUGGGGGCCGGGCACCCCGGAAGACCGCUGGGAACCGGCUUUCUGGGCUUUUGGAGGCAGAGGAGGAAGAUGAGUUCUACCAGACGACUUAUGGGGGUUUCACAGAGGAAUCCGGAGAUGAUGAGUAUCAAGGGGACCAGUCAGACACAGAGGACGAAGUCGACUCUGACUUUGACAUUGAUGAAGGGGAUGAACCAUCCAGUGAUGGAGAAGCAGAAGAGCCAAGAAGGAAGCGCCGAGUAGUCACCAAGGCCUAUAAGGAGCCUCUCAAGAGCUUAAGGCCUCGAAAGGUCAACACCCCGGCUGGUAGCUCUCAGAAGGCCCGAGAAGAGAAGGCAUUACUGCCAUUAGAACUACAAGAUGACGGCUCUGACAGUCGGAAGUCCAUGCGUCAGUCUACAGCUGAGCAUACACGACAAACGUUCCUUCGGGUACAGGAGAGGCAGGGCCAGUCAAGACGGCGAAAGGGGCCCCACUGUGAGCGGCCACUGACCCAGGAGGAACUGCUCCGGGAGGCCAAGAUCACAGAAGAGCUUAAUUUACGUUCACUGGAGACAUAUGAGCGGCUCGAGGCUGACAAAAAGAAGCAGGUUCAUAAGAAGCGGAAGUGCCCUGGGCCCAUAAUCACCUAUCAUUCAGUGACAGUGCCACUUGUUGGGGAGCCAGGCCCCAAGGAAGAGAACGUUGACAUAGAAGGGUCUCUUUGUGUUUUUCUGUCUUUUGUCCUCAGACUCGAUCCUGUUCCCUCGGCAUCUGCAUUGACUCCUCAUGCUGGGACUGGACCCGUCACCCCCCCUGCUCGUUGCUCACGUACCUUCAUCACUUUUAGUGAUGAUGCAACUUUCGAAGAAUGGUUCCCCCAAGGGCGGCCCCCAAAAGUCCCUGUUCGGGAGGUCUGUCCAGUGACCCAUCGUCCAGCCCUAUACCGGGACCCUGUUACAGACAUACCCUAUGCCACUGCUCGAGCCUUCAAGAUCAUUCGUGAGGCCUACAAGAAGUACAUUACUGCCCAUGGACUGCCGCCUACUGCCUCAGCCCUGGGCCCCGGCCCGCCACCUCCUGAGCCCCUCCCUGGCUCUGGGCCCCGAGCCUUGCGCCAGAAAAUUGUCAUUAAAUGAAGAGAUGUCUAGUCCUCAGAAACUUCUUUCCUGCCAUGAUUGGGGCCCUUGCUGUUCCAUUUCCUCUCCCUGCUUCUCCCCUUUGUCACCUCUGAUCUUUGCCUAAUCUAUUUCUUUUUCCUUUUCCCCUAGUUCUUACAGGUUUCGUUGUGUUUUUUAAUCUAAUAAAAUAGAAAGAUCCCUUU